AUGAUGGACCAUGACACUAGUGAUUUGAUAAAUUGGUUUAAACAAGCCGCCGGGACAGAAAAAUGCACCGUUGAACUUGAAGGUAUGAAAGAAAAAGGCGAUGGAUUCGUAGCCGACGUAAUGUUUGCUACAGUGACACUGGAUGAACCGAAUCACAACGGGAAACAGCUAAAUUUGGUUGCUAAAGUGAGUAAAAAAUCAAAAGAAAUUCGAAAAUUGACGUCAGAUUUGUGCCAAAGAGAAGUGUUGUUUUACAAAAAUAUAGUGCCGAUUUUCCAACACUUUCAACAAGAGAAAAAUGUUAAAGAACCUUUUCGAGCUAUACCCAAAUGCUAUAAAACAUUUCUCACUGAACAUACCGAAGUUAUAAUACAGGAAAAUAUGAAAAUUAAGGGAUACGUGUUACACAACAGGAAACUUCCAAUUAACAUCAAUCACAUGAAACUAGCGCUGACUAAUUAUGCAAAAUUCCACGCGAUAUCACUAGCUAUUCGUGAUCAAAAACCGGAUAUUUUCCAAAAAAUCGAAGAAUCAUUCUAUAACUUGAUUUCGCCAAUAGUUACCGAAUUUAAGCCAAUCUACGAAAAAGGUACUGUCAAAGUUAUUAACAAUUUAAAUGAGUUGGGCAGGAGUGAUCUAGCAAAGAGGUAUGAAAAAUUGGUUGAACGAAAUGUAGUGGACAUUUUAUUGGAUCUACUAGGCGAUACUCCUGAUGAAAGAGUGGUUGUGCACGGAGAUUGUCACAAUGGUAACUUCCUGUUCGAGUAUAAGGAUGAAAAUGAAGAAAGCCCUUCAAAUAUGGUGUUCCUCGACUUCCAAGUAUCCUUUGUCUUCUCACCAAUGAUCGACCUGUCUUUAUUAUUAUACCUUGGAUCAUCAAAAGAAGAAUUCUCCCAUUUUACGGAAUUAAUGGAAUUUUACCAUAGUGAAUUGUCAUCGUUUUUGUCCCAGCUUGGAAGCGACGUCAACAAGCUGUUUCCCGUCUCGACGAUGUGGAAACAAUGGAAAAGAUACUCGUUCUUUGGUUUCAACACUGCCACAGCAUUUUUGGAAAUAUUAUUCGUUGAAUCCGAAGAAGCACCUGAGCUUGUUCAGGAAAACAAACCGAUAGAAGAGCUUGUGAAUAUUACAUUGAAAGAUAGAGGCCCGUAUUUGGAGAGAUUGGUGGCUAUUCUUGAACACUAUUUAGAUUUUAAUAACAUUCAUUAG